ACGGCGCCGUGUUGCAAGGUUCUAGAACGCGGUGUAGCAAUUUUCUUGUGUCUAAGUAUUCGGUGGUGUUUGGAACUGGAGCCGGAGCAGGAGCGGCCGGGCCCGGGACUGGGAGGUCGCGGGAGGGACACCCAUGCCCUCGCCCGGCUUUCCUCCUGCUUGCCAGUCAUGUCAUCGGCCGGAGCGGGCAACGGAGGCAGCAAAGCCGGCAAGCACACGGCUCCUUCCCCGGCCCCGAGCGGCCUGUCGGCGGUCGCCGCUGCAGCCGCGGCCGCCGCUUCUCCUUCUGCCGCCGCUGCUACCGGCGCCGUGGGCGGCUGCGGAACGCCGGCGAUCCUCGGCUCGGGGGUCUCCUCUCCCCCUCCGCCUCUGCACCCUCACCAGGCGGUGGUGGCCGCUGCAGCAGCCGCCGCUGCCGCCGCCGCGCAGGAGCUAACCUCGCUCUUCGAGUGCCCUGUCUGCUUCGACUACGUGCUGCCGCCUAUUCUGCAAUGUCAAGCCGGCCAUCUGGUGUGCAACACCUGUCGGCAAAAACUGACUUGUUGCCCCACCUGCCGAGGCUCCCUCACCCCCAGCAUAAGAAAUCUGGCAAUGGAGAAAGUGGCUUCGGCCGUACUCUUCCCAUGUAAGUACGCGUCGACGGGGUGCCUGCUGACCCUACACCACACCGAGAAGCCAGACCACGAAGAUGCCUGCGAGUUCCGGCCGUACUCCUGCCCCUGUCCCGGCGCCUCCUGUAAGUGGCAGGGCUCGUUGGAGCAGGUGAUGUCUCACCUGGUGCACGUGCACAAGAGCAUCACCACCCUGCAGGGAGAGGACAUCGUGUUCCUGGCCACGGACAUCAACCUGCCCGGCGCGGUAGACUGGGUCAUGAUGCAGUCCUGCUUCGGCCGCCACUUCAUGCUGGUGCUGGAGAAGCAGGAGAAGUACGAGGGUCACCAGCAGUUCUUCGCCGUUGUGCUGCUGAUCGGCGCCCGCAAGCAGGCCGAGAACUUUGCCUACCGGCUCGAGCUGAACGGCAAUCGCCGUCGCCUGACCUGGGAGGCCACCCCGCGCUCUAUUCACGACGGCGUGGCCACUGCCAUCCUGAACAGCGACUGCCUGGUCUUCGACGCGGCCAUCGCUCACCUCUUUGCCGACAAUGGUAACCUGGGGAUUAACGUCACCAUAUCAACCUGCUGCUCAUGAUCGUUCAGUGGUGACGGUGUCUGGGGUAACGACUCAUUGCUAAUUUUUUUUUGUCUAUCUUGUAGAUUAGACAUAAAAUCAUUGUGGAGCUUAACUGACUGUGCCAAUUUAUUUAAAUUAUGUUGCCAUAAUAGCUUUUUUUAAAUAAAUAUAUA